GCACCUCCUUACGUCCAACACGGUGAUACAGGAGAUGUCCCACGAUAUAUGAUACAGUGUCCCAUAUAUCAUACAUGCGGGAGACAAGGCAAGCAAUCAGGUUACCUGAAAGCUGCUUGUACUAUGCAUUUGCUGUGGCCAGUUUACAUUGUAGGAACAGCACAUACUGCAAGCAAUUCUUUGCGUGAUUGGAUUGUAUCAAAUAUGGACAACGGCGGUAAUUAUCUCGGUAUUUGACUUCCUAUCCAUCUCUCACGAUCUAGAAUGGGUGGAGCUAUAACGGAAUCAGGCAGUUUAGGUGAGCUGCAAAUAGGGGCGAGUGAUCGUUGGGGUCAAUACUACCGGGCUAUACUUUCAAUUUUAGGUAAUUUGAUUGGCCGAUUUCUAUGGCUAGUAGUAGAUAGUUUCCAGGGCAUGGGUUCG